AUGCAAAAUGCUCAGCACAUACCGUAUCGUCGUUUUCAGCGAUAUUCAAAGGUUGAAUGGGAGCUGAUAGAUGCACAUCGAUCUGGCUCCAGCUCGGUGGCUGAACUGAACUCACAUCUGGGACUAUUGGCUCAACCGAAUUUCCAUCCUGAACUGUUGGCCCAAUUGAACUUCCAGUGGGAUUUGUUUGCUCCGCUGAGCUUCCAUCCUGAACUGUUAGCUGAGCUGGAUUCGGAUUCGAGCUUACCUGACUGA